AUGUGUACUCAUGGGCAGGCUGCCGCAAAAGGUUUGUCAGUUCCUCCACUGGGACCAAAAGAAGCAACAGCAAAUAAACGGGAAUUCACAGAGGAGCAACUCAAGGAGGGGCAACAUGUUAUAGGCCUUCAAAUGGGAACCAACAAGUUAGCUUCGCAAGCUGGUGAUCACUUUGGCCGCCCAAGGCAGGUGGCUGGAGUAGAUGCAUACAAAUAAACAUCUGCGAAGGUCAUCGCCAAUUGACAGCACAUGACGAUCAUAAACAUACUUAUUAUUUUUGGUUGGAAUGAUAUUUUUUAACCACUUUUUGAUCACUGACAGAGAGUAGUUCCAUUAGGUUGACCAUAAAUUUUCACCCUGAUUUUCACUCUAUCAACACUGAUUAACACUGAUUUGUGCAUUUCUUGUUUUAAUGAUCUUAGUAGGUGAUUUAGAAAUGCAUGUUUUUAGUUAAGUAUAAGUGAAAAUAAAUUCAAACGAAUAUUAAGCAUAAACGUUAGAAAGUUGAGCUAAUUAGGAUGGGCAUUUGAAGUUAAAAUAAUCCCUGAUUAUAAUUUUGAAAGGUUUCUUGAUAAGGUCCCAGAACAAACUUUUUUCAAAGACUCAGUGAGAGUUUUUGCUAAUGUUAUUAGCAGAUCGGUUUGUGCCUGUACUGUUCAAUGUUAAAAGAAAUCUUAAUGAAACUGAAUACUUAAAACAUAGUACAACCUUCGAAAAUGUCAGUAAUAAGAGUUUCAUUACAAUGAUACUUCAUUUGAUCGGUUAUAUGUUAAUGUUGACUAUUGACAUUGUUAUGCAUGAGUUAAAAUAGAUAAAUUUAAUAACGUAUUUGUUAGUAAUGCUUUUGAAUUGUCAUUCAGUCGGUUUUGCUGGUUUUUGCGGGAAGGCAUUUAGUUAGCUAUGUUGUUAACACAGUAUUUGAAUACUAAUGCAUGCCACUUUUUUAUUAACUUAUUAAAGCAUUGUUACUAGUAAUCUUUAUACUUACAGUUAAUCAAGUGCAAUAAAGUGGGACAUAAAUAUACUAGUGUAUUUGUAUGAUCAUUCUUUUUAAAAUAAGAAAAAAAUGAAAAGCAAUGAAAAGACUGGAGGGUUUUGUUUGAGCUUGAGUUGUGAAAAGUGCAUGCUUGUGUUUGAUUUGUUAAAGAUACAUAAAGCCGCUCCAAGUUUUACAUACUCAUGACCUAAAAAGUGAUAAAUAUACAAAUUUUUAUCGUACACCAAGCUUAAGUUUUUCAUCUGCUUAUCCUGACCGUUGCGGUAUGCCCAUCCUCAUUAUGUCACGACAUGAUCAACACUGAUGACUCGGUCAUUUUAAGGUAAGUCAUUCUUUUCAUUUCAUUUCAUUUCACUUACUGGCAGGUAUUUCUGCCUAUAACAACAUACCCAACUAGAAACAGCAUUUAGAUUUUGUCACACUCUUGUUUAAGGAUUUCAUUGCACACCAAAUUAUGACAUAAUAAAAUGACAUAUAUUACACAUUCAAUUUCUGAUGUUUUGAAACUAUUCAGUUUGACUUUAUAUCACAUAUGUUAACAACUUGGCUUCUGUGAUAUGGUGGAACCAUCAGUAGCUAUACACUUAAGUAAUGCAAGCCUUUUAAGAGGCUUGCAUCAACUAUGAAGUCUUAAUUUAGACAAGCCAAAAGUGUAUAGAGCAGAAGUUCCAAUGAUACCACAAACUGCCACUUAUACUGCACUCUUGGCUUAUACAUCUUUGUAAGAGGUUUUUGGAGGGCUUAUAAAUAGAGGCUCAUAUCUGAGGGGGGCUAUAAGAGAAAUAGAAAGAGCUCUUUCAAACAGGCUACAGUAGGGCUGAUCAAAGUACCUUUUGCAUUUAGUUGUUUUUAAUUAAGCCUCAAAACGUCAAAAUAAAUAGAAUUUAUAUCAAUACAUUUGGAGGGGGCUUACAGUUAUAUUAAUUUUUUGUUUAUAGGUAGAUUUAGCCUCCCACGCAGACAUUUUUAGGGGAGGUUGUAUUUUGUUCCUCACUACAGAGGGAGCAAUGAAAUAUGAGCUCCCCUAAAAAGGAAUGCAUGGGAGGCUAAGGUAGAUGGUUCAAUAACCAGGGGUGCUUAUGAGUGGGGGAGCUUAUUAGCGGCAGUUUAUGGUAAUUACAUAGCUUAGAUUUUGAUUUAAUUGAUUAUAACUCCUUUUUUUUUCAGGCUGGUGCCAAAGGCUUGCAGGUCCCUUGUCUUGGACCCAAAGAAGCUGACGCUAAUAAGCGUGAAUUUACUGACGAACAACUCAAGGAGGGUCAAAACAUUAUAGGCCUGCAGAUGGGAAGCAAUAAAGGAGCAUCGCAGGCUGGAGAUCAUUUUGGUCGUCUCAGGCAAAUCGCUGGUGAUAAAGCUUACAGCUAA